CUAGCUCUUUUCCUUCGUUUUGAGAUGUUCGAGACCACUCUCAUCUGAUCGCCAGUACAAUUAUGUUGUUUUGAUGAUUUGGAGCAUCAGAUGUUGCACAGACAUAAACCCCAAGUAGUUGGUGAAUUAAAAAUUCGAGAUUUCAUUGGAUAAAUCAGGCAAAUCGAUUUUAAUGGAUGAUUUGUUGAUGACUCGUGAUUUUGACACUUGAUUCUGGACUUUAGGACUUUGGGGGACUUUAGGAGUGAAAAAAUUUGGUUAGGUUGUAGAUCAUGAUGGCAAACGGAUUAUCAUACUAGUUGAAAGGGAUUAUACGACCCACGAAUGUUCAGCAUUAAGAUAUCAAUUAUAUCUUGGAUAAGAAAUGUUUUCGUUAUUACGCAAGCUAUCGAUCGGGAGCAAAGUCAAAGAUGGUUUAAUGCCUGAUCAUAUAAUGGGGACUGCCACGGAUUUGACAGAUGAGAAGAAUCAGAAUUGUUUCAUUGAAGAUGCUAACGAACUCAAGGAAAAUGUUUAUGAUCUUCUGAGGACAAUAAAAGAUCCAGAGAAGCCUCAAACUUUGGAAGACCUGGAGGUAGUCUACGAAGACUGUGUAAGUGUAUCACAGGGAAAUGCUAAUGAUAACUACAUAAUUCGUGUUGAAUUCAAUCCAACUGUUCCUCACUGCUCCCUCGCCACAUUAAUUGGCCUGUGUAUUAGAGUUAAAUUGGAGCGUAAUCUGCUGGCGUCCUUCAAGCUGGAUAUAUUUAUUAAAAAAGGAGCACACUCCACGGAGGAUGAAAUCAAUAAACAGAUAAAUGAUAAAGAGAGAAUCGCAGCUGCCAUGGAGAAUCCAAACUUGAGCGAUUUGGUGGAGAAGUGCAUCAAAGAGGACGAGUAAACCUGAUUUUUUAUUAAUUUAUUCCCGAGGAUCGAUUUUAUCCAUUUCAUAGUGAAAUGUGAGAUUAUGAGAUAGGAAAAUGAGAAGUGUAUUAGUUUUUCUAUUUCAGUUUGAUUCCGAGAUUUUAAAAGGACUGGUUAUUUAUUGAUUCAGUUACUGUUUUUAC